AUAGAGACAUAAUAGAAGAAUCAAAUACGUCUUCGAUUUCGCGUAAAUUUAUAUAUUUUGCAAAUUUUAAAUUCUCUAAACCAUGAAGUUCAUGUAUUUUUUAACAUUUAUCUUUAGUCUCUAUAUUUGUUUGAAUUGUCAAAAAACAUUUCUCGAUUCUGUGGAGAAUAUUCGAUUAUUUCGACAAUUUAAAAAUUGGACACUACGAAUGUUUGAAAAAAUGGGUGAGAAGGAAAAAAUGCGCGAGGAGGCAGAGAAAUUACACAAAAUUCAAGAUCCUGUCUCUAAAAAUGUACCAUUUCCUUGUAAUCUAGAAGGUACUAGAUCAUUAAAUGUGCCAAUUAGUGUUCACAAAUUAAGACCCGGAGAUAUUGAUAUUUAUGCAGCAUUAGGGGAUUCAUUGACUGCUGGAUCAGGUGCAUUGGGAACAAAAUUAUUUCAUUUAUUAAUCGACAAUAGGGGAGUAUCUUUUCUCGGUGGUGGUGAAAAAACGUGGCGUGAAUAUCUUACAGUUGCAAAUAUUCUAAAGGAAUUCAAUCCAAAAUUAUUUGGCUAUUCAAAAACAGAUUCAAUGACAUUUGAAGAGUCGGCUCAAUUUAAUCUUGCAACUUUAGGAGCUACGAGUGAUGAUUUACCAUUCAUGGCAGAAUCAUUAGUGAAAUUAAUGAAAAACGAUUCAAGAGUUGACAUGAAAAAUCAUUGGAAGUUUAUUUCAAUCAUGAUAGGAGCUAAUGAUUUUUGUUCUCACAUGUGUUAUUUGGAAAAUCCAUCACUGAUAAUUGAUUAUCACGAGAGUAAUCUUACUGUGGCAUUGAGAAUAAUUAGAGAUAAUUUACCGCGAACUUUUAUAGCCCUAGUUCCUCCUCCACAUAUAUGGACUGUAAUGGACGUAGAUAAUAAAGAACCGUAUUGUCAAUUUAUUCUUGAAAUUGAAUGUCCAUGUUUUUUUGGACCCAUGACAAAUAAUCACAAUCAAAAAGAAUUAUUUGACAUUAUGACUCGAUUUCAAUUAUUAGAAGAAGAAAUUGCAAAUCGAUCUGAAUUUCAACGAGAUGAUUUUACAGUUGUUUAUACACCUUUCACUGUCAAUUUAUCUCUACGGAAUGUAAACGAUGACAAUAUACCUAAAUCUCAUUUAUCGGUAGAUUGCUUUCACAUCAGUCAAAAGACUAAUGCAAGAAGUGCCAAUGCAGUUUGGAAUUUAUUGUUAAUGCCAGUAGGUGAAAAAAGUGCUGUAUGGCAAGAUCCUUUCAAACGUUUUAAUUGUCCUACUCCAACAAGGCCCUAUAUUUACACAUCACGAAACAGCAACAAAAUAGACCUGCGAUAAAUACAAACAAAUUAUUCCAUUUUUCGUAUACAGCAUCCAAUUGUUUUAAAAUGACAAAAUUGAAACAAUUGUUUCGUAAAAAAAAUACUGUCCAAAAUAAAAAAUUAUUAAAUAUUUUUGUUACCCUAAAUACCAAGAAAAACAGAAUUAUUAUUAUAAAAAAGAUAAUCUAGAAAAAAUAAUUUUCACCUGAUACUGAAUUCAACCUAGAUCAAAUUACCUUCACAUUCAGAAUUUUUCUCAUCAAAAACAUCGACUUUUGAAGAAGGAUUGAACCUAAUAUUAAAAAAGUCACGAAAAGUGUGGAUUACAUCUGUACAAAGAACCAUCCGUUGAAAUUGGUUUUCUCCUAUUUUUUUUUUUUUUAUUAAUAUACUGCGCGCGCAAUCUCUCAAUUUUCUAUUUUCUUUUAUAGUGUGAAUAUAUAGAGAGAAAAAAAACCGUUAUCACUCGUUAAAUCUUUUCUGCAAAUAAGAACGUGCGAACAAGCAGAAACAUCCAAAAAGCAGUAAUGGUUGAAAGAACACUUCACUUUGAACACCCCUAGGAAUUCAUAUAUAUAUAUAUAUAUUGAGAAAAGUCUAGUUUUAUAUAUGCGUAUGUAUAUGCUCACAGUUCCAGAGAUCAUCAAAAGGGAGUUUACGUGAAUAGAUAAUGAAGCCAAAUAUCUGCUGAUAUUUUCAACCUUCCCGUAAAAGCUUCCUGUCCCAAGAGACGGCAAAAAAAAAAAAAAAAAAAAGUAAGAGAUUUGUACAUAUCUCAAACUUUUAUCUCAGCUUAUAUAUAUAUACGGUAUAUAUAAGCGAAAAAUUGUAGACUAAUCAUGAAAAACUCAAUAAAAGUUGGGAAUUUUUUUUCCAAAGAAAAAGUCAAGCGAAAUACUAAUAAAAAUUCCAAUAGGAAAUUAAUAAAAAUGACACUUAAAAAAUUAGCAACAACUUUUUCAACAGAAAAAAUUUAACGCAGAAAUACCAAUAAGAAAUAAAUACUUGAAACUAUAAUUCACUAAUAAUAGAAACCACAUAAUUCAGUUUUAUAUAAAAACUUUCUGUUUUAUUGUCACAGUAAUAAUAUUCUUUUAUAAAAUAAUAAUUGGAUGGCUGUAGGAAAAAAGAAAGCAGUUUUUUUUUUAUAUUAACAUAAUGAGGAAAAAUAGUCUCUCUCUCUCUCUCUCUUUGUGAAACAAAUCUCAGAGAGUUUCCAAGUUUGUGGUAUGUUUUUGAGUUUCCCAUAGCAAGACGCUUGACGAGUUAAAGGUAAAGUCUCAUUAACGUCCAUUUCCAUUUCUCUUGUCGACGAGAAAUAACUUUAACGAAGCAUUCUACGUCUUCAUUAAAUACUAUAAAAAUUACUUUAAGAUCACUAACAUAAUUUUCAUAAUCAACAAUAGAGUGACAAUAUUAAAAUUUAGAUUUUAUAAAACUUUGAAAAAUUUCCCUUUUUAAUAUUGUAUUUCCUUAUACAUAAAUAUUUUAAUAUAAUAAACUCCAUGUAACUAGAAUUUAAUAUCUUCAAACCCUCGUCGACGGGGAAAAAUAACUUAUUUGUGUAAUUUAAUUUUAAAGACUCUUUUAUGAUGAGUUUCACCUGAAGGAACUGUCUAAAAUUUUAGCUUGAAACAAACUUUAGAUGAACCUAUCAUAAGCAAGGAAUAAGCGACGAAGUAAAGUUUAAGCCGAGAGCUUACAUGUUAAAGGUUUCAUCCUGGCAUCGAAGAAACUUUCAAAUGUUGAAUUUUCAUAGAGAAAGUACGACGACAAUUCAAAUUUUUCUUUUACAAUUAAUCUAAUACUAUUGUUAAAGCAAAAAAUUAUAUGCCUUUUUGAAAAUAAUAAGUACCAUAGAAAAUAUUAUUAAAA